CCCAAGCAGUGGUGGUCUGGCUUGCGAAGAUGUCCGCCAAGCCCGCUGUCGGCUUCGUGAACGAGGCUUCUCGGCAGAUCCUGGCCGGUGGUUCCGCUGGUCUUGUAGAAAUUUGCCUGAUGCACCCUCUCGAUGUGGUGAAAACCAGGUUCCAGAUUCAGAGAUGUGCAACUGAUCCAAACAGUUACAAAAGCUUAGGAGACAGCUUUCGAAUGAUUUUCCGCACAGAAGGGUUGUUCGGUUUUUACAAGGGAAUCCUGCCACCCAUCUUGGCUGAAACACCAAAAAGAGCAGUGAAGUUUUUCACCUUUGAGCAGUACAAGAAAUUGCUAGGAUAUGUGUCACUGUCACCAGAAUUGACCUUUGCCAUUGCUGGAUUGGGAUCUGGACUAACAGAAGCCAUUGUGGUCAACCCUUUUGAGGUAGUAAAAGUUGGCUUGCAAGCCAAUCGGAACAAAUUUACAGAGCAGCCAUCCACCAUGAGUUAUGCAAGACACAUCAUUAAGAAGGAAGGCUUGGGACUCCAGGGCCUCAACAAAGGGUUUACAGCAACUUUGGGACGUCACGGAGUUUUCAACAUGGUUUAUUUCGGCUUCUACUACAAUGUCAAAAACAUUAUUCCUGUCAAUAAGGAUCCAACCUUGGAGUUUCUGAGAAAAUUUGGGGUUGGUCUUCUCUCAGGCACAAUAGCCUCAGUCAUUAACAUCCCUUUUGAUGUUGCCAAAAGUAGGAUUCAAGGGCCUCAGCCAGUUCCUGGAGAGAUCAAGUACAGAACCUGUUUUAAAACAAUGGCCACGGUCUAUCAGGAAGAAGGCAUUUUAGCUUUGUAUAAAGGCCUGCUUCCCAAGAUUAUGAGGCUUGGACCAGGUGGUGCAGUGAUGCUGCUGGUUUAUGAAUACACCUAUUCAUGGCUUCAGGAGAACUGGUGAUUGCCUACAGAGUAUUUUUCCCCCUUGUGAUAAUGGAUAUUCAUUAUACAGCACCAUGGGAAGAAGAGAAUAUCGAUCAGCUGAGCCGAUACAAUGAUAAAUUAUAAUUAUACAAUUAUAUACAAUUAUAGAGGGCAAAACAGUUUGUUCAAGAACAAAACCUAUUUUGAUACUUCAAAAAUUAUCUCUAGACAAUUAGAAACUGUCGUUUUGGUCAUAUCCAUAAAACUGUGAGAAGAAAAUUACUACUAUGCAGCAAUGAGGUAUAUAAACUGAAUAUAGAAAAAUAGCAUGAAAUCAGAUAUAUUUCAUAAAAGCAAUAUAAAUAUUAUGACCUAUGUUCCUCUUACACGGCUUCACAAGGAAAAUUCAUUGUAUUGAUGAUUAUUUUCUCCCAAAAGUUCAAGAAGUGCUUAAAAGUGAAAAAAAAUUAAGCCAAAAUUUAAACAGUUUUUAUAAGGAAUUAAAUUCUUCCAUAAAUAGUAUUUAAUCAUAUACAAGGAAAAUAUUUCUAAAGUGUAUUAAAAUGACCUUUUAAAAUUUUAUGUUAAAAUGUGAAUUUGUUGGUUUCUUUUAGUAAUAAUACUCAUCUCAGCUAUAUUUUCCUAAAUCUACUUUAUAUUUUGCACUGUUGGUUAAUAUUUUUAAAUCAUGAUAUUUGAAGUCUUUUAUGACAAAUAUAAAACAUGAAAUUAUAUUAAACUACUUUCCCGUUGAAAACAAGUUUUAAUGCUGAAAUAUUUUCAUGCUAAAUCACAAAUUCGAACCACUCCUUGGGCCCGUUUGUGCUACCUGUAUUUGCAUCAAAUACCUUUGUUCAGAACUUUUACCUAUGCCAUUCUUAAAAAUGAUGUUUAGAAUAAAACUACAUUUCUAGGUUAUUGGUUUUAAGUGACUGUUUCAGGUGUGAAGUCGACUAACUGCAGUGUUAGAAUAUGUAUUAUGAAGGGGAAAAUGUUUCAAAGCAGAAGUACAUUCUUAGCAUUUCCAAAGAUUCCUGUACUAACAUGCACUCCAAAAAUUAUCUCCCUGGCAUUGAUAUAACCAAACUUAAUUUUAUAUCCGCAUCCUGAAAUGAUGCUACUUCAGUAGCUAGAGUCAACAAAAAUAUCUGCAUGUUCUAGAUGGCACCUGUUCUUAACUACUACAAGGUACUUCUGCCAUGAAGCUGUGUCACUAAAACAUUUUGAAAAUAAAAAAUGAAAGAUAA